UACUUAAUCAGCCCUGACAAGCGCAGGGCGUAGCCUAACACAUCACAGAUACCUUUAAUUUUUGCUGUUUAUUUUGCUCCUGCCCGCGGUCGGUCAGAAUAACAUUAUCCCGACAGCUGAGUGGUGUCACCCGGCGGGACGUAAACUUGGCACCGCCUCCGGAGCGUGUGUGUGUGUGUGUGUGUGUGCGCGCUGUUAUUGGGCACCUGCUGCUCACCCCUCCGGCAUUUUAUUUUUGAACAGCAGUGACGGCUGAUCACGACUCGUGUUUGCAUGCUGGAACUUUACGCUUCUCAGACAGUAACAACAGUAACAGUAACUGUUGCACGCAUAAUUGAUUGUAGUUUACGUCUUAACUUAGUGAAAUUCGGCGUUUCGGCUGUCUGUCGGUCUCUGCUCUUGCACUGGGGAAAUGCACUGGUUGAGAAGCCUUCGGGGAGGGAACGCGGCGCUGCUGCGGCUCCUCAAUGCCGCGAACAGCGCCCGGAUCGGGAGGGUCAGCGGCGCUCUCGACCGCAGGCGGACUGCGAACCUCCUCUGCCGGGGUGUAGCGUCUCAGAACCCAGAACAAAUCUGCUUGGACACGGGUGUCGGGCAUUACAAGAGCAUUAACAGAGAGGGCAUGUUCUCCGGGCUGGAGGAUCUGCUGUUCUACACCAUCACCGAGGGAGAGGAGAAGAUUCCAGUGUCUCGCUUCAUCUCUGCGCUGAAGAGCACAGGCCUGCUGACCUCUGACCCCCGGCUGCGAGACUGCAUGGAGCUGCUCCGCCUCUCCGUGCAGGACACCAUCGGGGGCGUGAUGAUGGACCAGGAGCUCUUCAAGAAGUGUGCAGGCAGUAACAUCAUCCUGCUGACCCAGGCCUUCAGGAAGAAGUUCAUCAUUCCAGACUUUGAGGCUUUCGUAUCCAACAUCAACCGGAUCUACGAGAGCGCGCAGAGGCAGGAGGGGGGACAGGUAGCAGAUUACAUUCCCCAGUUGGCAAAGUUCAGUCCCUCCCUGUGGGGGGUCUCUCUCUGUACAGUGGACGGGCAGCGUCACUCGGUGGGGGACACCAGGGUGCCGUUCUGCUUGCAGUCGUGUGUGAAGCCGCUGGAGUACGCCCUGGCUGUGCACGAGGCCGGCACCGAGCGCGUGCACAGAUAUGUGGGCAAGGAGCCCAGUGGCCUCCGAUUCAACCAACUGUCGCUCAACGAAGAAGACAAACCCCACAACCCGCUGGUGAACGCGGGCGCCAUCGUCACCAGCUCCCUCAUCAAGCCUGGUUCCAACAAAGCAGAGAAAUUUGACUAUAUGAUGGACUUCCUCAAAGGCAUGGCGGGCAGGGAGUACGUGGGCUUCAGCAACACCACGUUCCAGUCAGAGAAGGAGACAGGUGACCGGAAUUAUGCCAUAGGAUACUACCUCAAAGAGAAACGGUGUUUCCCCCGUGAAGCAGACAUGAUCGCCGCGCUCGACUUCUACUUCCAGCUCUGCUCCAUCGAGAUCACCUGCGAGUCGGGCAGCGUCAUGGCCGCCACGCUGGCCAACGGUGGCAUCUGUCCAAUCACAGGCGAGCGCGUGCUGAGCGCCGAGGCCGUGCGCAACACCCUGAGCCUCAUGCACUCCUGCGGCAUGUACGACUUCUCCGGCCAGUUCGCCUUCCACGUGGGGUUACCUGCCAAGUCAGGGGUGUCUGGAGCAGUACUGCUGGUGGUCCCCAACAUCAUGGGGCUGAUGUGUUGGUCACCCCCUUUAGACCGGCUUGGGAACAGCGUGCGGGGCAUUCACUUCUGCCAGGAGCUGGUUUCCCUCUUCAACUUCCACAACUACGACAACCUCCGACACUUCGUCAAGAAACUGGACCCCCGCAGACAGGCAGGGGACGACAGGAACAAGUCUGUGAUCAACCUAAUGUUUGCGGCCUACAGCGGCGAUGUCUCAGCCCUCAGGCGCUUUGCUCUGUCUGCGAUGAACAUGGAGCUGAAAGAUUAUGACUCCCGCACUCCGCUGCAUGUGGCCGCAGCUGAAGGUCAUGUGGAGGCGGUGCUGUUUCUCACAGAAUACUGCAAGGUGAACCCUUUCGUGAAGGACAGGUGGGGGAACACCCCAUUGGAUGAUGCCAUGCAGUUUGGCCAGGAGGGGGUGGUGAAGGUCCUUCAGGAGUACCAGCGCGCAUACCGGCAGCUGGAGGCCCAGUCUGACAGCGAGGAGGAGAGGAAGCUGGAGACCCUGGAGGGCAUGGUCUAAAACAGACCAGAACCACCCCGCGGUUCAUCUGUGCAUGAGAGAACAGUUCUCCUCAGCAGCAUCUGUGAGGGAGGCACCAGCCCGACCCACACGGGACAGUGGUGUUACGCUUCUGACAGGUUCCACCUGCAGUGUUGGGCCCUGGUUCAUCUCAUCUCAGCUGGGGAAAGGACAUCUAAGAGACUCCACACACACACA